AUGCAGGCGACUACUUUCAAAGCGCUGAUAUUUGGAAUAUUGGCCAUAUGGUCCACAGAAGCAGCUAUUCAAACUAAGAAUGCUGAUUUCACUGUUGAUUGUGGAGCGGAUGAGUCUGCUAAGACAUUCACUCUAAUUUGGAAGAACUCAGAAUCUAACAUGGUCACUCACGUCUAUCCUUUCGGACCAAGGGGGUCUGAAUGUGAAUUUGUUCGAGAUGGGACCGUAACACCCCCUGAAUGGAAAUUGGUAACAACCCCUGGAACACUUGUAGACUUCAUGACUGAUGCAACCUGUAAUUUAGCGGAGGAGUUUGGAGGCACUGGGUCAGGGAAAUGGCGUCUGACGAUCGUGAUACAGGAGGGCAACACGCUGCAGAUGUCAGAUGCGAUGUGGGAGGUACAGUGUGUAUACAAAGCACCGGAUGGCACGUUGCUUGGGCCAAACCCAAUGAUUCAAGUGCAGAACAUAAAUAAAAAGCGGGAUGGCGUGGCAGAUAUUGUAAAAGCAACUAAUGUCAUAGAUAGGGCAUAUAGCCUCGAUAUCAUCAGGCCAGAUGGAGAGGUAUUCGCUAGUGGAGUGGACCCUCUUCCAUUACCUCUGGGGACAGUCAUAAAACUUAAGAUAACAGGGACGGGACCGGACACUAGCAACAAUGAUGAACAGGGUGUACGUGUGAAGAGUUGUUGGAUUGAAGGAAGUGACGCAGACGGCAACGAUUUGAAAUAUUAUUUCCUGGAUAACUACUGCCCGGCUGGUCCAGACCAAAUACUGCGAGAUAGAUCAAUUGGAUUCAAAAGUUUCAAGUCAUCUUCUGGAGAUCCUAUCUAUGCAACAUCCCCAUCUUUUAAUCUGUUCAGUCUCCCUUCGGAUGUGGACAAUGAAUUGCAAUUCAACUGUAUCAUCGAGCUCUGCCAUUAUGCAUGCGCCAACCCUGAUGAUCCCGUUACAAUCGAUGGCAAGGAAUACACAGCAGAUGGGGUAGAUAAUUGUGAAUUUACACGGAGACGACGUCGUGCAGUGAAUGAGACGCUGAAGGUUGAUGGAAACGAGAGUGAAGUAAUUGUUCGUAAACCAGUGUUUGUCCUACCGCCCAAAGGAGCCCCAGGAAUAGUAGGUGAUGCUCCUCACAAUUCUAACACAAGAAUCUCACAAUCAAAUGGCGUUGGAAUCCAGUCGUGUGUUCAAAGUAGGGCGUUCUUGGUCACAGUCUGCGUUCUUGGACUUCUUCUGGUCCUGUCUCUAAUAGUGGCCACAUUUAUGUGCCACAAGGCAAUUCAGGCAAAGAGUAAGGGGUUGCAGAGACGCGAUGGAGGACUAGACAAUUCAAACUUUUCUUAUAAGUAGAAAAAGAUACCCUGUAGGAGAAUAUAUUCUGUUUCGCCUCUACAUCCUGCUUCCGGAUUUGCCUUCAAAACCAACAAGAUUUUAUUGACAGUACUGAUUGGUGAUCUUACGCAUAUCCCCCCCCCAUUUAGACCCAGAGGCUAGCAUAAGGGGACGUCGAAGGAACGAGGUCGGAGUAGUUUAAAAUAUUGAAUGCAACCGUUUCAAAUAGCGGGUCUCGAUGUUUCCAUAAUGCAAUCCUUAUAAUAUGUCUGAAAACAGAAUUGAAAUAUCUGAUCAGUAAUUAUUGAAUAUUUUAAGAUGCCCUUUGCAUUCGUUCGACUUCACUUCUUUAAAUAUACCUUUGUCUUCAGUACUUUACUACUAGACUCUCCGCGCAGAGUAAUUUUAAGAUGCAAAAAUGUCCAAAUUCAUGAGAUUUGAAAAGAGGGGCGUCUGGUGUUUUGAAACUAUUAUAAGAUAUCCUUAUACAAAUAUCAGUCAGCACUGAUGGACUAUUUUUUUUUUAGAAAAUAGGCAUAUCAUGGUAAAGUAUAUAUUGUGACAGUGUUUAACUCAUCAUGAUAAACCAUGACAUCUCAUUUCUUCUCAGCCCGGAAACAAUAAGAUGCAUAGGUGAAACAGAAAGAUGCUAUGAGUAUCAAAAUGAUAACGACCGCGAGGCAAAUGGACUCAGAAAAUGUAGCGUGUAGGUGUUUCCUAAUUGUGUUUUGACCAUUUGAUUUUUGGUUGAAUGUUAAUGGAUGCUUUUAAUGUAAAAAUCUUCUCCGGAUUUUGUAUUAUUUUGAAGUAAGCAAGGUGAUAAUAGAAUCAUGAAAAAUAUUAUUUUGUUCUGUAAUGAACUCUUUGCACACAUGUUUUCCCAUUCUCUGCUCCCCAUUUUGUUUCUUCGACGUACCGUCAACGUGAGACCAAUUUUCGUCGAAAGUAAUACAUAAGUACGAAAUUGCCAUAUUCAUUGCUCUUAUGCCAGUGUAGUAAAAGUGAGGGACUUUAAAUAUUGGACUUGUUUAUUUGAAAACCAAAUACUAGCCGCCAGUACAUUAUUAAAUUGGAUUUUUUCUCGAAUUUUGAGCCAAAUUAUAAUAUGUCGAUCAUUUCAGUACGUGUAAAUCGAGAAAACAAAAAUCAAAAGACGGAAGGUCAUCCAGUUUGACGUUACGUCAAAAUAACUAGAUAGGAUACGCUUAGCAGUGCCAUUGAGCUUAUCAAUGUAAGAGGUGACUUAUAUUCGCCAUGUAUAUUUAAAAGUGUUUUACGUAGGUUAUGCAAAUAAGAAUACAACCUAUAACAUGUUAUCCUUUGAGGGAGCUAGCUAGGGUUACCACACGUUUGGAACGGAGUGUAAAACCUUCAAUUAAUAUGGUCGCCUUCAACGCUACACAAUGUUUGUAAAUAAUUAUCAAAAUUAAUUUUGAUUUAAUAAAUGAUAAAUGCAA